AUGCUGUUCCGCACCCUCGCACUUAUGCUCGGACUAGCCUUCACGGCGACGGCCCAGACCUUUGAAGGCACCUGUGAACCCAGUAACAACCCGCUGUACCCCACUGGGCUUUGCACCACCUUCAUAGUGCAGGCACUCCCAGUGCCGGUCACUGUUGCGUGCUCGACAACCGCGCGUUGCGAGGCUACUGGCAACGAAUGUUCGACCAAUGUACCCGGCGUUCUUGGAGGUGCCGCGUGCACCUAA